AUGCAGCGGCAGAAGUCGAUCCUGAGUUUCUUCCAGAGACCUUCCCCGGAGAACCAGUUUAAGUCCGGCGCCUCUCUCUCUGGCGCGCCGGUCCCCUCUUCCAGUUCCGCUUUGCACCGCGCAGGGUCUCAGCAGAGUGGCUACUCCGCGGAUGAUAACACCUCCAAUGAGCAUAUGCUUCCCCCGGUUAUCAGGGGGACAGACACCCCGCCCGAGAAGCCUCCUCGUCCUCUCAUUCCGUCGAGAUUGCCUACGGGUGGCAGCGGUGACGUUGUUGCUCGGCCUUUCGCAAGCAUAAUGCAUAAAUUUGUGAAGAGAGUGAAGUUCGAGGCGAACCCCAUGGGUUGCGCCUUCCCUUCGCUUGAGUAAGCAUUCUCGUUUCUUUUGUGGUCUCAGUUGUUUCUCUCGAUUAACUCUGUCCAAGUGGUUUAUGGUCCAAACUUGUGUACCGAUUAAUGUAUCCCACGAGUUCUUUAUAUGUGUGCGUGCAUGUAGAAUUGCUCUUACCGGAGUAUAUGAUUUUCGGGAAAUAUUUUUUUACCUUUGUAUAUUCCCCGUCGUAUAUGGCUUCGUGUUUUUCUACGGUUAUCAGUUAAAUGGUCUGUCCAUGUUUGGGAUAUUCGCCAAACUUUUGUAUUUAUUUUAUGUAUGAUGCACCACAAGCCUGGCCUCUACUCUCCCUAAACAGUUUCCUUGAUGAAAAGAAAUGUAUAAUCCUACCUCCUGAGUUUGAGUUGUCACAUGCGUCGAAAUGUGCAUUUGCUUGGGGUCGAAGCUGACUCCGGAUUUUCACCCCUUUUGCUCGCCAGGACUGUGGACGAUCAGGGUGCGGUCAAGUGUCUCCCAGAAUCAGCUAAAAGAGAUGGGAUUCACGACGACUAUGUGAAUAUCGAAACAAUGAGCAGUGAUCCAUUGAAUGUAUCUACUUCAGUUGAGGCAAACAACAAGAAUGACGGCGAUGGAGACCUUGUAUCACUCGAACUUGAACCUACAACUCCGGGGCCAGAAACUCCAGCGAUGAGGCGAUUUGCUCCCCGUUCGAAGAGAAUGCAAGACGAAGUCGAUUCUGUCAAUGAAAAUCAGCAUUCUCUUUUCCUAGAAUCUAGCAAGAGGAUGAAGCUGAUUCGUGAGUCAGCACAAAACAAGGUGGCUGAUGAGAGGGUCUCUGAAGCUGCAGGCAGUAAAUUUGAAUGGCUAAACCCAGCCUUCAUUAAAGAUGCCAAUGGUAGAAGACCAAAUGAUCCUCAGUAUGAUAAGAAGACUCUAUACAUGCCUCCUGGUGAAUUAGCCAAGAUGUCGGCUUCCCAGAAACAGUAUUGGAAUGUAAAAUGUCGUUACAUGGAUGUUAUUCUGUUCUUUAAAGUUGUAAGUUUCCAGUCUCUGAUUUUUUAUUUAAAAUAUUUUUCAGUUUUCUUUUUUCAUGUCAUAUGAGCGUAUUCUUGUUUUUUCUGUCCCCCCUCUCGGCAUCUGCAUAUCUUUUAAGCUUUCUCCACCUGUCAUUGUUUUUCUUUUUCUUUUGUAGACAAAUAUUUCGACACUUCUAUCUGGUGUCUGAUUUUAUUUUUGACAUUCUUCGUUCCUAAAAUUAGGGGAAGUUUUAUGAGCUUUAUGAGUUAGAUGCUGAAGUUGGGCACAAAGAACUGGAUUGGAGGAUUACACAUAGUGGCGUGGGUAAAUGUAAACAGGUAAUUUUCGAUUUGAUCUGUCGCUGCUUCCGUUGUUAUGUUUCUUAUUUCAAGUUACCUGCAUUUCAAUAUUUCUGCACUGUCUACUGUGCAUAUGAUAUUCUGUUCUUCGAAUUGUGAUUUUGAUUUGCAUAUUCCAAGUCCUUCGAUUUACAUUCAGUUUGCAUAUUUCGUGAGAUUUUGUCUAGCUUACCCUAUCAGAAUUAUCAUGAAUUUUUUUAUAGUUCUAUGAAAUGGUCGUUAGGAAUCCAUAACUUUUUGACCUUUUUUCUUUCUCAAAACCUUUAUUUACAAGUAGGAUAUUCGGGAUACAUUUUUUUUCAAAAGGACUAUUAACGACAGGAAUUACUAGAUCAGUAUUUGGUCAGUUUUGAGGAACUCCGCCCUCUUUUGACGUAUCCUAAUUACUUCCGUAAUUUUGUAACGUGAUUGAAACAGAGAUCUGUCCCUAGCAGAUCUAUCGUUUACAUUUUUUGUUUCUUCCUGUUUACUCGUCUUAAGAAACUCCUGGACUAUUUACAUUUUCUAAACAAACAGGUUGGCAUUUCUGAGAGUGGAAUUGACGAUGCUGUUCAGAAGCUUAUCUCUCGAGGGUAAAUGUUGCUAUUAUCUUUAAAUUCUGAUGGACAUUCUCAAGUAUGAUUGGUAUUUUUUGCAAUUUUUCAAAGCAUUCGACUGCUUGCAGGUGGGGAGAAGAAAAUGACCGAUAUCAUUACUGGUAUCUACAGGUUGAAAGAAAAAAUAGUAAGAAAGAGAAAAGCAUGAAGAAUAAAGAAGUAAAAAUGCGAAUACAGUAAUAGAAAAUCAUAUUCUUUUCAAUUCACUCUCGAUUUAUGUCUUCAACCGGGGUUUUUUUCUUAAAUUUGACGAACAUUCUGAAAUUUUAUUUGAUUAGGGUUAUAUAUAUAUAUAUAUAUAUAUAUUGUAUAAUUAGGUCUAAAUGAAUAUAACAGAGUUAACAGACUGCUCAGAAAUUUGUUUGCAAAAUAUGUUGCACGGGUUCUCAUCAACGGUGGCAACAAAAUGUGGUCCUGGUUAUGGUUUUAAUUUUUUUCCUGUACAAUGAAAUGCCAUUGGAUUCUAAUACAAUCGCUACUACCAGAUAAGUCUGACCUAUAAUUACGCAUAAAUCUCACUCUGUUAAUAGAGAUGUUUCAGAUUUGCGUUAACUAUUUUUUUAUAAAAAGUCCUGCAGUUACGUCCAACGAACUUUGAGCUAUUUUUGAGUGUCAUUUCAUACGUUUGUACUGGAUUGCAUAUUCUUGGACCAUAAUUCUGAUAAAUUAGAUGAAAUACCUAAAAGUUUCUCCUCUUUAAGUAUAAGAGGACAGUUGAAUCUGUUUAAAAUAGAACAAAGUAUUGUUAAUGAGUGGAUUACUGUAGACAUGGUCCUAUUAUUAAAGGAGGACGUGAACCUACUAAUAGUUAUCAUUUCAUGUCUUGAUAUAGGGAAGGGCAUAUGCAUGUAAUAUCAUUCAUUUAUGAUUGUGGCAUACAGUUUUCUCCAUUUUGCGCGUGGUGGGGUAGAGAAAGAAAUAUGUAGAUAUUCAAUUGUGACAGUCAAGCUUCAUUUCACACCCUUUUCCUAAAAAGUCUGAUUUUUAUUCAUGCAUCAUUAUGUAUAUGCACUUUUUACGACAUAGCCUACUGCCUUCAUCAUAUUUUAUCAGUCAUUAGUUAUUAUCGUUAUUUAGUAUUAUCAUUUUAUUAUUUAAGGUAUAAAGUUGGUCGGAUUGAACAAGUUGAGACUGCCAAUCAAGCCAAAGCCAGGGGAUCGACUUCUGUGAGUAUUUAGAAUGCAUCUCAUUGGUAUUGCUCGUUCUUGUUUAUAUUUUUAUUGAAUCUGAGUUGGGUAAGAACAUUCACGGAGGGAACCAACAUAUCCUAACUUUUGGAUGCAUAUUGUUACUCUUGCCUUUAUGUUGCCAGCUAUUUUUUGUGCUCGCAUUUGAUUUAUUGGGAAGCGUGGCAUACCAGCAAUCUUGUACCUUUUUUCACCUUAGAAGGAUUUUUUCUUCGUUGCAAUGGGAUACCAAUAUAUCUUUCAACAUAAUACUUCCGAAAUUGCACUUAAAUCAGAAAAAUGUUUUUAAUGGAUUCAUUCUGUACAUCAUCACACUUAAAUGAGAAAAAAUGUUUAUAAUGGAUUCAUUCUGUACGUCAUCCAUUCUCAUCACGAAUAUCAUGGCUAUUUCACUUAUUACACUUUCAAUUUGGCAAGAUUUCUGUUGUCUUGAGGCUCAUUGCUAGGAUUUCGAGCAGGUUCAAAUUUGUCCGAAUCGAAACUUUAAAUUCUUUCCAGACAGAAAAGUUGUGAGGAUUUCCACCUUGGAAUUUUUAUGAUCUGGUUGAGGUGCAUCCCAUGCAGAAAGUGCGAGAGAUUCGAUUGGUGAUGCGUCAUUCUCUGCAAAUGCAAGAAACUAGUAACUCUCACUAAUUUUUCAUUUUACGGUGCUACAUCCACUUGAAUCGGGAUGAUCUCACUCUUCGGCUGAGAUGUUUUUCGAAAUCUGAACUCGCUCCAAUAAGGUGGCAGCCGUAAUUUUUAAAAUUUUAGGUUUUUUUCGUUGACCUAAUUUUCUUGUCUUUACAUGAAACACGCUUAUUUUAUUAUAUUCUAUAAAAAAAAAAAUCAAAAUUCAUUACAUUAGGCUGGUUCAUGCCUCCUCCAUCGUACCCAUCUCGUGGUUAAAUUCUGCGGUGAAUUUUUGGUCUACCUUCAUCUUCUAAGAAGUAGAAUACUUUUAUCUUUAAGAUGACAAAAUUUUCAAUUGCCUUUUUCCUUGUAUUUUUCAGGUGAUCCAAAGAAAAUUAGUCCAUGUCUUUUCCCGAUCAACUAUGACUGAUGGAUGCAUUGGACCAGAAGCUGUUCAUCUCCUAGCAUUAAAAGAGGUCCACCAUUUUUCGCAUUGAAUUUUAUUCCGCAGAAUUCAACAAAGCAUACUCAUCAUGAGCAGUAAUAUGCUGACCCAUCUUUAAUCCAAACGAUCAUUACUAAAAUGCCUCAAAUCUCCCCCAGUUUUUCAUCAAUGCCACCUUCUUUGUGCCCAACAUAGAUCGAUGAUGAUCACAGAGACUGAAGAUUAGGUUUAUUCAUCGUACGGCAAUGACAAUCCUAGAAACUGCUGAUUGGCUUCAUUCAACAUACAUCAAUGAUGAUCCCACACAUUGAAAAUAGGACUCAUUUUUUAUUUUUAUUUUGUGAUUCUCGUCUGCAUCCAGGGAAACAAUAUCUCAAAGAAUGGUAAGACCGUCUAUGGCUUCGCUUUUGUGGACUGUGCGGCAUUACGAUUUUGGGUCGGCUCUAUGGAAGACGAUGCUUCCUGUUCAGCUUUGGGGACUCUACUGAUGCAGGUAGGCUCACCCGCCCAACCCUUUCGAGCUGUCCUCUCCCACAAGAAGCAAGAUUCUGACAUUGAACCUUGUUCAGGUUUCACCCAGGGAAGUGCUUUACGAAAACAGAGGUUUUUUCCUCAAAACCAGCGGUCUGAUUCUCAUAAAAUCUUCUAUUUUACCUUUAGCCUGCAACUCAUUGUGUUUAGCUGCGCAGGCCUCUGUGUGGACUCUGAAAAGGCUCUCAGAAAGUACGCCUCAACAGGUACACAUAGGUCUAGAUGUACGACAGAAAAUUACUCUCCAAACACGUGGAUCUGACGCCAGCGUUAUUCGUCACAUUCAGAUUCCCGUCCGGUGCAGUUGACUCCUGCAGCCUCCAGCGGCAGCCUUCUCGGUGCUUCUGAAAUCCAUGAAUUAAUUACCUCUAAAGGAUACUUCAAAGGCUCUUCUUUAUCUUGGUCAUCGGCAGUAGGCGGUGAAAGACACCAGGAUCUCGUCAUCUGUGCCUUGGGUGUACUGGUCGACCACUUAUCGCGGUUGAUGGUUCGUUCUCUCUCUCUCUCUCUCUCUCUCUCUCUCUCUCUCGCUAGAUUCAUAUUUAUGUAUUUCGCUAGAUAUGACUUGCUUCAUAUCUCAUCCCUGCCUGCCUUUAAACCAGCUCGGUGAUCUUCUGCGUAAUGGAGAUAUCUUGCCAUAUCACGUCUACGGAAGCUGCCUCAGAAUGGACGGUCAGACUCUCGUGAAUCUGGAAAUCUUCUGCAACAAUGUCAACGGUGGCUUGUCAGGCAAGCAUCCUUCUUUCUUCUGUUUUCUUUUUUUUUUUUUAAGGCUGAAGCAUCAGAAAUUUGCCCGUGAGGGGCUCGGCGUCAUUUCUUUCCUUUUUUUUCUUUUUUUACCGUCUAUUUUCCUGAACGCAGGCACCUUGUACAAAUUCCUAGACCACUGUUUGACCGCGCCCGGUAGAAGGCUCUUGAGAAGGUGGAUCUGCCAUCCAUUGAAGGACGUCGAGGAGGUCAACGACCGGCUUAAUGUGGUGGAAGCCAUAGCAACAAAUGAGGGUCUGGCCUCCCAGAUUUCGGAGGGUCUGCGGAAGCUCCCUGAUCUGGAAAGGCUGCUGGCCCGCGUUAAGUCCAGCCUCGGCUCUUCCUCCACUCUCUUACUGCCGUUGGUCGGAGAAAGAGUGCUCAAAGAAAGGGUACUCUUCCAGUUGACCAAUGCCCCCCCUCCCCCCCUCAUUCUUACCCUGUCAUUGUCAACCCUUAACGUCUUCCUACUCACUGUGCAGGUGAAGUCGUUUGGGCAUCUCGUCAAGGGUCUGCGGCCGGGGGUUGACUUGCUGAAGGUUCUCCAGGAGAAGGGCUGUCAGAUCCCAUCGCUGUCUAAGAUCCUGAACUGUCCGGCGAUGCCAGAGCUCCACCAGUUCCUAAGCCUGUUCGAAACCGCCAUAGAAGCCAGUUUCCCUGACUACCAGGUUCCCCUCCCCCGCCCCCAUCAUGGAUAUCUAUCUGGUUCCUCUGUUUUGCUGUCGGAUCUCUCAGUUCCUUCUUUUCUUCUACUUCUUCUUCUCUUCUAGAACCACGCUGUGAAGGACGGGGAUCCUGAGGCGUAUCGCACCCUUGCGGAGCUCUUCUGCGAGCGGACCGCCGAGUGGGCCCGAGUCAACCAUGCUCUCUCCUGCGCGGACGUCCUGCGGUCCUUCGCCGUGGCGGCGGGCAUCUCCGGUGGGCCCAUGAAGCGGCCAGUUCUUCUGCCAGCUGGCGACGAGAACAGAGGCCCAGUGCUCGAGAUUCGAGGGCUCUGGCAUCCCUACGCCGUGGGGGAAAACGGGGACAGACCGGUCCCGAAUGACGUGUACCUCGGCGGCCACAGUGGCCGCUCCGCUGGACAGAAUCCACGCACACUGCUGCUGACGGGGCCGAACAUGGGCGGGAAGUCGACCCUGUUGCGCGCCACGUGUUUGGCGGCUGUGCUGGCCCAGGUUAGUUAGCUGGUUUCUCUCACUCACUCACUCACUCACCCGCAAUUUAUUCGCCACAAAACGAAACUGAGGUUUCUGACGGUUCGUUCCUCUGUCGUCUGACUUUGAGCAGCUGGGCUGCUACGUUCCUUGCGACUCCUUCCUUCUCUCAAUCGUGGAUGUGAUGUUCACGCGACUCGGCGCCGUAGAUCGUAUCAUGUCCGGAGAAAGUGAGUAAGCUAAGCUUCUCUCUCUCUCUCUCUCUCUCUCUGUGUCAGGGUUAACCUCGUGUGUUCUAGAUGAUUCUGGAUGCCUGAUGGGAGCUUCUUGCAGGCACCUUCUACGUGGAAUGCGCCGAGACGGCGUCGAUUCUCCAGAGUGCGAGCCAGGACUCCCUGGUCCUGCUCGACGAGCUGGGGAGGGGCACCAGCACCUUCGACGGAUACGCCAUAGCCUACGCCGUCAGUCCUCUGACCUUUAUCCUCUGACCUCUUGUGACCUUUGUUGACCUUUGUUGACCUUUGUGGACCUCCGAUCCCAGGUCCUGCGGCAUCUCCUGGAGCAGGUUGACUGCCGGCUGCUCUUCGCCACCCACUACCACCCCCUCACCAAGGAGUUCGCCUCCCACCCCCGAGUCAACCUCCAGCACAUGGCCUACAUCUUCCGCCAGGACGGGGAGAAGGAGCUGGUCUUCCUGUACAAACUCGCAGCGGGGCCCUGCCCGGAGAGCUACGGGAUGCAGGUGGCCCUCACCGCCGGCAUCCCCCCCGAGGUGGUCAACUCCGCCGCCGCUGCCGCUGCCAGGAUGAAGGCCUCCACCACCGAGAGCUUCCGGUCCAGCGAGGCCAGGUCAACCUUCUCCACUCUGCACGAAGUCUGGCUCCGGACCCUCCUCGCCGUUUCCUACGGCGGCAGCGGCGGCGGCGACCCUCCGGACGAGGACGCCUCCGACACUCUCCUCUGCCUCUGGCACGAGCUUCGCAGCUUCUACACGAGUCAGCGGCCGCAGCAAGAGAUCCGUGUCAACUUUUGA